CAACAAUAUCUUAACUCAAGCAGGAUGUCUUCGAAAGUUGUUAUUUGCUUUUCGUUCUUUCAUAAAUCGAUCGAUUUUUUUUGUUGUGAGAGAAAGCGUAACGGUAGCUGACAUUGAUAUGAUCGUAUCGCCAUUAAUUCUCUGCUUUGGAGCGUUGUUCAACCUCUAUGUCGCGUUGUAUUGCUUUCAGUGCUCAAGAUGGCGGUCGUCAAACAACUUGAAAUAUUUCAUCGUGUUCCAGACGAUUGUCAACACCGGCAAUUUGUUCGCUCAUCUUGUUUUGCUGCUCCGUGACGAGCUUAAUGAUUUUGACGAGAUCGCAAGAGUGGGAGAUCACACAAUUUGUGACAUCUUGCCCAACAUCACAGCAUGUUUUAUGUCGCUGUCCGUGUUCAACCUUACCGCGUUUGUUGUUGUGCGCUAUUUAACGAACGAGCGUCGAUGGACACUGUCUGCUCUAAAAAUCGUAUUCACACUGCUCGGAAUCGUUGUGUCAUCUGGGCUGCUUUUGUCUCCAGCUUUGAGUUAUUUAUAUCAUCAAAUGCCAGUUCUCAAGUGUAAUGGUUGUUACUGUCCGUCACCGGGUAUGAUUUGGGAGGCUAAUUUCGAUGUAUGGCUCUACGGUUAUAUGGUAAUCUUGCUUCAGUUUGUUAUUCCAGCGAUCAUUCUUUCUACAGCGGUGCUCAGAGGCCUUGCAAGACAAUUGGAAGAGACGCGUACUUUAAGAGAGAGUUGGUACAGAUGGCGGUGCGGACUUAAAAGUACAAACAUCGUUACUUUAGCUGUGUGUCUCUUUAUAACAUUUAUUCUGCCAGUGAGAGGAAUUCGCUUUGUUGCCGGAGAGCACUUCUUCCCGGACAGCACGAAGCGAUUCGCUGAGAUUGAACUUCUAAAUUCUGUUUUUUACAUCUUGGAAAUCUCUUGGGCUGCAAUCACCGCUAUAUUGCCAGUUUGCCUGAAAAAUCUGACUGACGAUGAAAUUUCUGGUGAACAGAAGAAAGAAAACAACAAUGCGGGUCGAACAAUGAGCCCUCAAAACAAAACCUACUGCGAGGCUUUGGUGGAAUUGGAACUAUGGGAAUGAGGAGCAUAUCGAAAGACCAAAGAAAUUCAAGGUAAUUCGACAUGAAUUUUCGCCUCAACUGGGUCGCAGUAAACCACAUUUCCCGAAAGUUAUUAAGAAGUAAACCACAGCGUCAUGUUAUGAAGUAACCACUCGUAACGAGGGUAAUUUAUCGUUACGAUUUAGUGGCAAAAGUAAUUCGGGUAACUCAACAUGGAUAUGGUACAACUAGGACGCGCUAGAAACUAUUUUUUGCGAAAUUAAUUUUAAACACAAAUCCAGCGGCUUAUGUUUGAAAGUCAAAUUAAACCCACGCGUGUGACUUUAAAUGAAUUUUCAAGCAUAACAAAUUAUAAGUUAUUUUCUAUUUUGAAAACAAUUCCAUAUUUAUGCGUCAUCUUCAUGUAAUUUUACAGCUUUAAACUGCAAAAGGCGGAGUGGUGCUGUAUCGACUUGCAAAUCUUAUAGCCAUGUAAAGCUUGUAUGAAAUUGAUUGAUAGUUCCUUCGGUGCACUUAUUCAAUAUGCUGGUCAUGUUUGCAUUCUUUUUCUUCCUCCUUGUGGUCUUUCAUUUGUGAAGCUGAGGUACAAAGAAGCUCUCAAUGGACUUAUAGUUUUUACCGCUAACGGUUAAAAUUUUGGCCAAUUUACGGCUAACAGUUAAUAUCUUUCCUUUGUUGUUGUAUCAGGAAAGCUUUUGCUUUUAAUUUCCUUUACGACUAAUUUUUAAAAUAGUUAAUUUUUACACCUUGCGGCUAUUUUUUUUGUCCGUUUACGGCUAUCGGUUAACCCCAUUGAGACCCUUUACAAAAUCUAGCAAAACGUACCUGGUGGCUUUCGAGUAUUCAGACCGAAAUGCAAGGGUAACUAUGACAUCAAAAAAUGUAUUAGAACUUGCAUCGUAAUGUUGGCAAAACGUCUGGGCAACAUUUAUUCUUUUAUACACACAAUAUUGAAAGGUGGCAAAUUUUGAGUUUAUUCUUUGUUUUGACAAAGAAAGUUAUGCUCCGUAGAUACUAGGACAAAGAAAAAAAUUUCCCGACCACACGCAUUCGAACCUCAAACGUUCGUACUUUGCAGUUACAAGGGUUUGACUUAGGUUUGAACCUCCGUGUGAAGUAGAACGCCAGCAAAUACGUUACAAAUAACUCAUAACCAGUAAGUAACAUUAUUACUUAUUUCUAGCUUUCAGCACAGGCGACAUUUAUUCUUUUGUACAUACAAUAUUGAUAGAUGACAAAUUUUGAGUUUAUUCUUUGUUUUGACAAGGAAAAUCGUGUUCCGUAUAUACUGGGACAGAGAAAAAGAUUUCGCAACAACAAACGUUCGUCCUAUGCAGUUACGAAGGUUCUACUUUAGGUCUGAACCUCCGUGUGGAGUAGAACGCAAGAAAAUAAGUUACAAAUAACUCAUAAGUAAGUAACAGUAAGUAACAUUAUUACUUCUUUCUAACUUGAGGCGAGUACACGGAGCGAGAUACUCGCCCCUUGCGCGCCUGAAAACGUUUAAAGAAAACCAAAACAAAAACUUGGCGCCUGUUUUGCCUUCCUAUUUUAUUCUUGACUCAGUUAGGUUCCAUUCGGGGGCAAUCAAGAGCCUAGUAUUUUUAACCUCAGAGCACAACACUGUCUUUUCUACGAUUUCUUCAACUGCAGCUCGCCAUUCUAUACCUGUAUUUUGCCCGAAUAAGCUGUUGCAAUUACAUAGCAUAUGAAUGUGUUGAUAAUUUGUUUACAUCAUCCCAGGUGCUCUGCAAUCCGUUGUAUAGUGGGGAAUAUUAUUGAUUUUACUGAGACUGAUAUUGAUCGGAAAUUAUGUUUCUUUGUAGUUUCGAUCAUUCUAGUUUACCUCUAAACGUUUUUCGAUGGCUAAUUCAUGAUGAGAGCAAAGUUUCUUUAUUUUAAAUUCCUCUUUGAUUAACAUAUAGCUUCCAGGUGAUUGUACGUGUGAAUAAUUAUUUCUUUUGGUCGUUCGGUUAGAGUUUACGAUUAUUUCAUUCAUACCCAUAUCGCAGGCCUGGCCUGCUUAACGAGCAAGCCCUUCAAUUUCCUCUUGCCUCUAAGGAAAUUUUCUUUAUUUGUUUAGUAUUAUUUUUUCCAUAUUCGUACAUAGUUAAAUUUGUCAUGUUGACAUGAAGGAGAUUAUUGUAGGAUUAAGACUCAACAAUACAUGUUGGCAUGUCGCUGAUUUGACGCUGAACCUGUCCAUGCCAUUUCUUGUACCACUAAAUGUAAGUAGAAUAAACAUCAAGGUUUAAUAGGAUCAGCAAGGAAAUGAAAUCUGUUAUAAACGAUUAUGAACGGCAAAGAAACAUGAGCGAACGUUUGUAAGGUCUGAAAGUAUCGUCAGAUAUUAUAUUUUAACUAACAAGCCUUAUGUAUCAAUUAUUAUUUAAUCAAUUAUAUUUAAAUUGUUGUAACGCGAUUAUUUUACGAUCUGGUGAAAAGUUGUGUAACUGAACCUUGUGUAAGCAAGAAAGAUUUGAAACCAAACAUUCGGUGAAAGAUUGAAUGUCUCGCUUUAAAUUUUACUGACUUAAGUACGAAUUAAGUAUCCUACUCUCUUAAUACAUAAACCCUUUAAUUGUAAUUAGCAUUUAAUUUCUCCAUACGAUAUCACCCCUGAAUUAAACACUGAGGUCAGGAGAAUAAAGGAAAUGAUCAACCACUAAAGAGACUUUUGAU